AUGAUGGCAGCUGUGCUGUACACGCUGGCUGGCGCAGCAGCAGAGCAAGGCGACGCGUCGAUUGACUUUUUGCUCUUUGGCCCAUUAAGAAUUGACAUCGAUCAUUCGUCUGUGACAGCCAGCAUGCGGCCACUGACAGAUGACGAGCACAAGACAAUGUUCACAAAACUGUCGGCUUACCUGGGCAGCAAUCUCGUCCAGUUGAUCGACCGUCCAGACGAGCCCUACGUCUUCAGGCUACACCGAGACAGAGUGUACUACGUCUCAGAGCCCAUCAUGAAGCAAGCACUCUCGAUCAGCCGCCCGAAUCUGAUGUCAUUGGGAACAUGUAUGGGCAAAUUCAGCAAGACUGGCAAAUUUCGUCUGCAUGUGACUGCCCUGGACUGGCUGGGCAAGUAUGCAAAGUACAAGGUCUGGAUAAAGCCGAACGGGGAGAUGCCGUUCUUGUAUGGUAAUCAUGUCGUCAAGGCGCACCUGGGCAGAAUCACAGAGGACACGCCUGAGCACCAAGGCGUCGUCAUCUACAGUAUGGCAGAUGUACCGCUGGGCUUCGGCGUAACCGCGCGGUCGACGGUGGAUACACGGAAGCUAGAUCCGACGUCCAUCAUCGUCUUCAAUCAGGCAGACGUGGGCGAGUAUCUGAGGGACGAAGACACGCUCUUCUGA